AGUUAAUGUCGUCUGCUACAACGAAUAACGUGAGGAAAAUUCGUUUAUUAAUAUUGUUUUAAAAUAAGACUUGUGGUUCAAAGAAUAUUUUUUUUAGAAACAUUAUGUCUUCUGGAAGACGUCCUGAGCAUCAGGCUCCACCUGAGGUGUUCUAUAAUGAUGACGAAGCGCGAAAGUAUACGAAAAAUACACGUAUUAUGGAAAUUCAGGAACAGCUCUCCUAUAGGGCUAUGGAAUUAUUGAGACUGCCUGAAGAUGAUCCAUGCUAUAUUUUAGACGUUGGAUGCGGAUCUGGUUUAAGUGGGGAAUGCUUGAGUGAAAAUGGCCAUUUUUGGGUUGGUGUUGAUAUAAGCAAGAGCAUGCUUGAUGUUGCUGGUGAAAGGGAAGUCGAAGGAGAUUUAAUUUUGAAUGACAUUGGACAAGGCUUGCCUUUUAAACCAGCUUCUUUUGACGGUGUGAUUAGUAUAUCCGCAAUACAGUGGCUCUGUAAUGCUGAUAAAAGCCAUCAUAAUCCAGCUAGGCGAUUACUGAAAUUUUUCUCUACCUUAUAUGCAUGUUUAAGAAGAGGUGGUCGAGUUGCCAUGCAAUUUUAUCCAGAAAACAGCGAGCAAAUUCAACUAGUUACCACUCAAGCAAUGAAAGCAGGUUUUACCGGUGGUUUAGUCGUUGAUUAUCCAAAUUCUUCUAAAGCGAAAAAAAUGUUCCUCUGUUUAUUUGCUGGAGGUGCUCAACAAGAAUUACCAAAAGGACUUGGAACUGAAGAAAGUUCUGAAGCAUCUGCAGCAUUUGUAGCAGGAAGAGAAAGAACUAAAAAGCUACGUAACCAGAAGGUAUUGAAGAAAAGUAAGGAUUGGAUAAUUGCGAAGAAAGAGAGAAGACGUCGGCAAGGUAAAGAAGUUAGACCUGAUUCAAAGUAUACAGGACGAAAGAGAAAACCUAGGUUUUGA